GGCGUUCCCGACAGGCCUCGCGGCGGCCGCCAACCGCUCGAUUUGAAUCGCGGCACCGCUCGGGGUGGCGGUGGGAUGGGUGCCCCGUCGUUGCCCGCGGCCUGGCAGCUCUACCUCAAGGACCACCGCGUCUCCACGUUCAGAAACUGGCCUUUCCUGGAGGGCUGCGCCUGCACCCCGGAACGGAUGGCCGCGGCCGGCUUCAUCCACUGCCCCACCGAGAACGAGCCCGACCUGGCCCAGUGCUUCUUCUGCUUCAAGGAGCUGGAAGGCUGGGAGCCGGACGACGACCCCCUGGAGGAACACAAGAAGCAUUCGUCAGGCUGUGCCUUCCUUUCUGUCAGGAAGCAGUUCGAGGAGCUGACCCUCGGUGAAUUCCUGAAACUGGACAAGGAAAGAGCCAAGAACAAAGUGGCAAAGGAAGCCAACCACAAGCAGAAAGAGUUUGAAGAAAUCGCAAAGAAAGUCCGCAGUGCCAUCGAGCAGCUGGCAGCCAUGGAGUGAGGCCCCGCGCGCUCCUGGUCCCCCGGAGGGCGUCGUCGCCAAGGCUCGGUCCCCAGUGUCGCUGCUGCCGUGGGCCGGGGCAGUGACUUGGGAAGGAGGCGCACUGACCAUGUGGAGUGAGAACUUAAGCCGCCGUGUUUUC